AUGACAAACCCAACAGAACGUUUUUCCAGCACGUCGUCAGAACACCACUCCACCAGUCACCACCAACACUCGAACUCCAAGUUCUACGAACUGGCUCCUCUGGACAAGAAGGGCCAACCGUUCCCUUUCAAGAAACUGGAAGGCAAAGUGGUGCUGAUCGUCAACGUAGCGUCCAAAUGCGGCUUCACGCCGCAAUACCAGGACCUCCAAGAACUCUACAAACGCUACCACGACAAGGGCUUCGAAAUCAUCGGAUUCCCCUGCAACCAGUUUGGCAAACAAGAACCGGGCACAGACGAGGAAAUCGGCCAGUUCUGCCAAGUCAACUACGGCGUAACUUUCCCAAUCAUGAAAAAGGUCAACGUCAAUGGCUCAGACGCAGACCCUGUGUGGGAGUAUCUCAAACAGGAGAAACCAGGCAUGUUGGGCUUCAAGGGCAUCAAAUGGAACUUUGAGAAGUUUCUCAUCGACAAACACGGCAACGUUCACGACCGUUACUCGUCGUUGACCAAACCAGCCAACCUUGACCACACGGUGGAAAAACUGCUAAACAGAUAG